AAAACAGUGGGAGGAGAGAGGGGGCUAGAAAGAGAGAGAGAUAGAGACGGGGAAGUACACGUACUGCAGGCGCUUUGAGUAGAAUUUUAUGCGAGAACGUCCGUCUGUACCGAACUGGAAAAGUGGGCUGAAUUCUGAAAGCGAAUUUUUGACAACCAUAACAAGAUGUGUAGACCUACUCCGUGCUGUAUAGGGCAGCUGGCGUGCUGCUGUGGCUCGGCAGCCUGCUCCUGUUGCUGUGGCUGCUGUCCUAAGAUCAAGCAGUCCACAUCAACACGCUUCAUGUAUGUCCUCUACUUCCUCCUGGUCACCAUUGUCUGUGUCGUCAUGAUGUCACCUACUGUGGAACAGGAAAUGAGGGACCAUAUCCCGUUAUACAGGGACCUGUGUGAGAAGCUGAAUGCUGGUGAGAACUGCUCUACCUUGGUGGGUUACUCUGCUGUGUACAAGGUCUGCUUCGGCAUGGCCUGCUUCUUCUUCUUCUUCUUUAUAUUCACCCUACGAGUCAACUCUGCCACGGGCUGCCGUGCCGCCAUACACAACGGGUUUUGGUUCCUGAAGUUCAUAGCCUUGUUGGCCUGCUGUGUUGGAGGAUUCUUCCUGCCAGAGCAGGACAUCUUUCUGGAAGUGUGGAGGUAUGUUGGAGCCGGAGGAGGGUUCUUCUUCCUGCUGAUCCAGCUCAUGCUGCUGGUGGAUUUUGCUCACAGAUGGAACACUAACUGGAGUUCAGGUGUGAACGACAACCGUCUGUGGUAUGGAGCACUGGCCAUGGUCACCUUGGUGCUGUUCAGUAUGGCAGUAGGAGCUGUGGUGUUCAUGGCUCUGUUCUACACACACUCUCAGGCUUGUCUGCUCAACAAGGUGUUCCUGGGGGUCAACAGCAGCCUCUGUCUCAUAGUCACCCUGCUGGCUAUAUCGCCCUUCAUACAGAGACUCCAGCCUAAGUCAGGCCUGCUCCAGCCAGGAGUGAUCAGUGUGUACGUCAUGUACCUCACCUUCUCAGCCUUCUCCAGCAAGCCCAAAGAGAUGUUGGAGGUUAAUGGGGUGAAUACGACAGUUUGUGUGUUUCCCUUCAACUCUGGAUCAGAGAGCGACAAGAGGAUUGUAUCAAUAGUGGGAACUGUCAUCAUGUUCGGCUGUGUGCUCUACUCCUGUUUGACGUCCACCACCAGACGAAGCUCUGCAGCACUGCGUGUGUGUAGGAACAGCAUGCCUGAGACUGAGAGAGCUCGCUGCUGUUUCUGCUUUGGAGAUGACACAGAUGACUAUGAUGAGGAGAAGACUGGAGGAGGCCAAAAUGUUCUGUAUGAUGAGAGAGGGGGAACCAUCUACAGCUACACCUACUUCCACUUUGUCUUCUGCCUGGGUUCAAUGUAUGUCAUGAUGACAGUCACCAACUGGUUCCACUAUGACAACCAUAAGAUAGAUAAGCUGCUGGAUGGCAGCUGGUCGGUGUUCUGGAUCAAGAUGGCGUCGUGCUGGGUGUGUCUCAUCCUCUACAUCUGGACCCUGGUCGCACCCAUGGUCUGCCCCAAACGCUUCGAGGCCUAACACACACACACACACUGAAACACAGCCCAACACUACCUUCAGCUUUCUACAUGGGGUUUUUGUGUUGUUUUUAAUGUCCUUUUUCCCCUACUUUACAUGGUUAAGCUAUUGUUUCCUUGAAGGCAGUUGCUGUCUUUUCAUUUUUUUACUACCUUUGAUACAUGGAGUAUUCUGUUACAUGCAGGGACUCUUCAGGGUGUCUAAAACAAUGGGCUGGACCAAAAUACAUAGUCAUUUAUGUGGGACCACAUGAUCAUAGUGGUGCCCUGAUUCUGUUAUGGGAUGCCCCGCACCCUUGAGCACCAAUGUCAAUUAAACCCUUUUACAUGUUUGCUUA